AACCGCUCCCGGGGGGCGGCCCGUCCGCCGGGCUGGGAACGGCGGCGGCGAGACCGUUAGGCCUGAAAAGUGCCCCCUCAGCUGCCCGCUGCGUCGGGGAGGAGAGCCCGGCCCGCUGUGGAGCGGAAAAGCUAAGUAAUGCCUUACCUGGUUUGAAGACACAAGAGAGCUUUCUGUUUUCAUAAAGCAUAAAAGAAAAUGGAAGAAGGUGAGACUUUAGGAGGUGAAAUGGAGAGGGCAGAAGUUGAAACCCAUGCUACUCCUGAGGUCGGUCGGCAGAUAUCAGUGAGUGAGUUCCUCUGCCACUGCUGUUAUGACAUUCUGGUCAAUCCCACCACCCUGAACUGUGGGCAUAGUUUCUGUAGACAUUGCCUGGCCUUGUGGUGGGUAUCAUCCAAGAAGAACGAAUGCCCCGAAUGUAGAGAAAAAUGGGAAGGAUUCCCCAAAGUCAACAUUCUCCUCAGGGAUGUUAUUGAAAAGCUAUUUUCCGAUGCCAUUGAACAAAGGAAAGAAGAUAUUCAGCAAAACAGUGACAUAGCCCGCAGCUUAGCAACCUUCCAAAAGCAUGGGAAUGACCAGAUUCCUACAGUUCCGAACACAGGAAGAAUUAAUCCUCGAGGAGGAGGGUUUUUCUCAGGCGUUCUGACAGCUUUAACUUGUGUAGCAGUAGUUCUACUCGGGUAUCACUGGAGUAGCAGAGAAUUUGAAGAAGAUCUUCUUGUCCAUAAGCCUGUUGCUAAAUGGACUGCUGAGGAAGUGAUAGUUUGGCUAGAGCAGCUGGGUCCAUGGGCUUUGCAUUAUAAAGAAAGAUUUUUACUGGAGAAGGUGAAUGGAAGACUCCUUCUAACACUGACAGAGGAGGAUUUCACAAAAGCCCCUUACAGUAUAGAGAACAGCAACCAUAGAAAAGCCAUUAUGGCAGAACUGGAAUGUGUGAAAACUUUAGGUGUUAAACCACCACAGAACCUUUGGGAAUAUAAGGCAGUAAAUCCAGGAAAAUCGCUCUUUCUUCUUUAUGCACUGAAAAGUUCUCCAAGGCUCAGUAUGCUAUACCUGUAUUUGUUUGAUUAUGCAGAAGCUUUCCUACCUUUCAUCCACACAAUUUGCCCUACACAAGAAGACAAGUAUGAAGAUAUUGUCACAAAACUAGUUGACCUUAAAGAUCCUUCUUGGAAACAGUGGAGAGAAUUCAUUGUAAAGUAUUUAUUUUUGCCAUACCAGCUGAUAGCUGAAUUUGCUUGGGAUUGGCUGGAUGUGCACUACUGGACCUCAAGAUUUAUAAUUGUAAAUGCUAUGUUGCUCUCUGUUCUGGAGUUGUUCUCUUUCUGGAGGCUCUGGUCAAGGAGAGAACUGAAGACUGUUCCUCACAGAAUGUGGAGACAUUUCUGGAAGGUGUCAACGCAGGGUCUUUUUGUUGCUAUUUUUUGGCCUUUUAUUCCUCAGUUUGUCUGCAAUUGUUUGUUUUACUGGGCCUUGUACUUUAAUCCAAUUAUAAACAUUGAUCUUGUGGUUAAAGAGGUAAGGCGUCUGGAGACACAAGUGCAAUGACUGGCAUUGGAACUUUUGAGCUGUUUAGCUUCCCAAAAUGGACACUUGAAGUAUGCUUUGCUUUUUUUCUUUAUAUAUGUGGCAGUGGAAAUGGUGGAUUAUGUUAACUUAAACAUGCAAAAAAGCCUUAAGGUAAGUUACUCUAAGCUUCCAAAUCUAAGGAUGGGCUUAUUAUCUGAAAGGAAUUUUCUAACAAAAAAACCCAACAAACCAAACAAAAACAUUCCUGAUUUAGCCAUGUCAAACUUACAGUCAUAGCACCCUAUUUUUGAUCAAAUCAGACUUGUCUUUUCCUGAGCAUUCUGGUUAUUUUCAAGCCUGCCUUACAAUCAGUGUCUUCUGAACAGCUACACUGAUUUAUUUUUAUUUUUAUAUUUUUUUUUUUUAACUUAGCAUGUCAUAUCAGCAAUGUUUUUGUCAAUUUAAGUUUACCAAAGGAAGGCUCUUCCUGGAUAAGCUUGAUACUGAAAGUACUUCAAUGUUUUCAGUCUGCAUUACACAUAAAGUUGUGACUAUGAAAUACACAAGUCACAGCAGAGUUCUAAAAUUCUUGCUGUUGAAGGCAAAGACUGCUUGAGUUUUUCUGUGUUUUGGAAAAUGAGAUAUUGCCAUUCAGAUUGGUUUGACUUCAUCAGUAGCUUCCUUAGUGCUCUUCUCUUGAAGUCUGUUGCUAGUUCUUGAAUUCAGGGUUAUCUCUUAAAAAAAAAUUAUUUUGGAAAAGUGACCUGACACUGUAAUGACAUCUUUCUGCAAUAUAAAGUGUGUAUCUUGAUUUGUGAGCAAAUAUUGACUGGAAAGUUAUUUUGUGUAAACAGGAUUGCCAUUUGUUAAUGUGUGGUUUUUGACUGAAGCAAAAGUUAGAUUUUUUUUUUUUUUAAAGAGCUUUGUCCCCUUGCAUUCUGUAUUGGUUUGUUUUUUUUUUCAUUUGCUUCAUUAAUAUGAAAUUUAAAUUUGCUUUUUACAAUUUUUAAAGAUUAAAGAUCUCUUUUGAAAUCUU